GUUUUUUCACUGACUAGAAGAUAUACCACCACGCCACUACUCCUUCUUGCUUCUGGCUACUUUCCUUGCACGAAAGAUGGAAGAUUCUUGUGAAAGGGUCAGAGAGAAACAAGUGAAUCUUGGUGGAAAAAAGGUCAAAACUUCUGAAACUCAUAGCUGUGAAAGCUUCAAUUCGAUGGAAGAUUCGUUUGAUAGGGGCGAAGCCAAAAGGUUGAAUUUUGGCGGAAAAAAGGUCAAAACUUCUGAAACCCAUAUCUGUGAAAGCUUCAAUUCGAUGGAAGAUGAUUUGGAUGAUAGGGGCGAAGCCAAGAUGUUGAAUCGUGGUGGAACACAGGUCAAAGCUUCUGAAACUCAUAGCUGUGAAAGCUUCAAUUCGAUGGAAGAUGAUUUGGGCAAAGACAAGAGGUUGAAUCGUGGUGGAACACAGGUCAAAGCUUCUGAAACUCAUAGCUGUGAAAGCUUCAAUUCGAUGGAAGAUGAUUUGGGCAAAGACAAGAUGUUGAAUCGUGGUGGAACACAGGUCAAAGCUUCUGAAACUCAUAGCUGUGAAAGCUUCAAUUCGAUGGAAGAUGAUUUGGAUUAUAAGGGCCAGUACAAAAGCUUAUAUCUUGCAACAGAGGUCCAACAUAAAUGGAACAAUUUGCCUGAGCACCUAUUUGACUUUAUAUCGGAAAAAGUUGAUCUGGUGACCAACAUGAAUGCAAAGGUGGUUUGCAAAGCUUGGAAGAGUACUAAACGUCAAACUCCUAAAACCCCAUCAAUCUUAACCAUGAAAGGUGGUUCCGGGAAAAUGAAGGUCUAUGAAUAUGCUGAUACAGGGAAUGGGAAAAGGAAGUUUCAGGGAGUAGGUCAAAACUGUUUAAAAGGGUAUCAACUGGUGGGUUCUGCAGAUUCCAAAGUCCUUGUACACCAAAUCGAAACCAGAAUCGUCAAGUUCUAUAAUCCAGUGACAGGCCGCUCACAGAAACUACCAAAUCUACCACCUGCAACAAUUCCUCUCCUCUGUUCUUAUUCGGAUGAGAAAAAUGAUAUGAAAAGGCAACUUUUCAUUCUCUGUGAGAUUGGAAAAAAGUGUAUGUGUGUCUUGCAGUUGGAGAUCAACAGGUGGAAGCAGAUUAACAUAAAAACCAACUUCAAACCGAAGUAUUUGGAUGGGUUUUUUCACUUGGAUCGCAACCUCUAUCUGACAGAAGGAAACUAUAUGGGAAAAGUAGAUCUGACGAAGGUGUGGGUUCCUGCAGACAGAGAAUUCAACACUGCUGUGAAAAGACUGGAUCUGAAGGAUUCAGGUUCUGGAUUCAGCCUAGGACUGCCUAAAAAUGCCUUCAUGAAAAUAAAUGCGACGAUCAUGAAAGGAGAGUUUAGGGGCUGCGUUGCUUUCAAGAAUGGAACCGGAAGAAGGAAGAUGAGAGCAGCGUGGUUCUACCCUGCAGUUUAGAAUGUACCCAAUUCAAUAUAGCUCUGAUUUUUAGAUAUACGCAAUUUAGAUACUCAACUUUCUCUGAAUAUUUUUGACAUUGGUGACAAUUCAUACACGAGGCUCUUGUGUGGAUUCUCAAGUGAGUUUAGGAGUUUGUGAAUCUGUUUGUAAGUGGGAAACUGGGGAUUGUACGCAAUUUAGAUGUAUUCAGUUUUGUCUGAUUCUUUUUUGACAUUGGUUACAAUUCAUACAAAAGGUGAAGUAUCUCAAGUGAGUUUAGUAGUGGUUUGUGAAUCUGUUUUUAAGUGGGAGAUUGGGGAUUGUAAAGCCAGAUGCUUUUUGACUAAUUCAAUGAACAAGAAAAACGUAA